UCUUACCAAAUUCUAGAUUGCCAAACGCGGUAUUAGCAAGAAGCAAGAAGAGAAAGAUGGUUGGACCAAUUCGACCUCAGUUUGUGUUGUUCGGAUCAUCUAUAGUUCAGUUAAGUUUUGGUUUUGAUGGAUGGGGUGCGACUCUUGCUCACUUAUAUGCUCGUAAGGCAGAUAUAGUGCUGCGAGGAUAUGCGGGUUGGACUUCAAGGGAUGCCCUCAAAGUUCUUGAACAAGUUUUCCCACAAAAUGACUCAGUACAACCAUCACUGGCUAUUGUUUAUUUUGGAGGCAAUGAUUCAAUGGAGCCUCCCACAUCAGAUGGUCCUCUUGUUCCACUCUGUGAAUAUAAAGAAAACAUGGAGAAAAUUGCACUACAUCUAAAGAGCUUGUCAGAGACAAUUCGCAUAAUCUUUCUCGGUGUUCCUCCUGUAAAUGAGGAAAUGAUCAAGGAAUUUUACGGUGAUGAAAUGGGUCGAACCAAUGAGGGGUGUCGGAUAUAUUCAGAAGCUUGUUUAGAAGUGAGUAAAAAAAUGGGAAUCACUGCCAUUGAUCUAUGGACUGCAAUGCAACAGAGAGAAGAUUGGUUGACUACUUGCUUUCUGGAUGGAAUCCACCUCACAGGGACGGGGAGUGAAAUAGUGGUUGAGGAGAUACUUAGAGUUCUUGAAAAACCAGAUUGGAUUCCACGUCUACACUGGAAGUCCAUCCCAAGUGAAUUUGUAGGAAUUUCACCCACUGAUCCAGAGAACAAUGAAGGUCUUAUCAUCCCUAAAAUUUUGAAAUCGAAAUGGGAAUAAAAUUUGAUCAUAUGAUCAUCUUCCCAUUUGCAAAAUAUUAUUUAUAGCCAAAAAUACAGAUUAUUAAGGGUAUUUUUAUCGUAUUUCAGUUAUGAUGUUUGUACUCGAUUGAGCUUCCCUUUUCUUGAUUUUGUUGUAUGUCAAUUAUCUGAGUUUUGAAUUAUGAAUAAAUAAUAUGAAAAUGUAGUAAACUUUUUUAU